AUGAAAUUGCUAUCUCUAUGCUUAUGGUCACUAUCUUUGGCAUGGGCGGCAUCAUCAGCGGCCAUAGAAAAGACGAAUGAAGGACAAUUAGACAAUGGUGAGAAGCACGAAACAAUGCAUUUCGGUUUUGAAACUGAAAACGGUCAUCAGCGCUCCGAGAACAUUACCUACAUGAUCAAAUCGACGAAAUCAAAAGUGGCGGAGGAUGAAAAAGUUUCGGAAAAACCAGUAGAAUAUCGUGGUGGCUAUAGCUUUAUAUCAGCCGAUGGUUAUAGGUAUCAAGUGCUUUACAAGGCGAAUAGCAAAGGCUUUCAACCCUAUGUGACAGCUCAUAAGAUAAAACCAGCCAAUGAGCUGGAAAAGCAGCCGGAAAAACAGUCGUCGAAGCAGCUGGAAAAGCAAUCUGAAAAACAGUCGGAGAAGGUGCCAGAAAAGCAGGAAAAAAUUAUCAAAGAAGAGGAACAGCUAACACCAACAACAUAG